UGAUAGAGAUUCUUGAUCUGACGCUCCACUCUACUCCGUUGCAUUGCAGCCAACGAAUUACAGUGUAAGUUCACAAUCAGAUCUCAAAAAGGGUGAGUCCAGUCUGAAAAAAGAAUGGGCUCAAAAAUGGCUGUUUUUGGGUGUUUGAUGGUGGUCCUGGCUAUGGCUGUUAUUGCGAGUGUGGAGGAAUCAUCUACUCCGCCGUUGGUAGUGAAGAAGGUGAAGGGGAAGAAAAUGUGCGAUAAAGGAUGGGAGUGUAAGGGGUUGUCGAUUUACUGCUGUAACUUGACGAUUACAGAUUAUUUCCAGACCUACCAAUUUGAGGAUCUUUUCGGUAAGAGGAAUACACCAGUGGCUCAUGCCGUUGGAUUCUGGGAUUUUCACUCUUUCAUUACUGCUGCUGCGCUUUAUCAACCGCAUGGAUUUGGGACCACCGGUGGAAGAUUAAUGCAAAUGAAGGAGGUGGCUGCUUUCCUUGGCCAUGUCGGCAGCAAAACUACCUGCGGUUAUGGGGUGGCAACUGGUGGACCGCUGGCCUGGGGUCUAUGCUACAACAAGGAAAUGAGUCCAAGCCAAGAUUACUGUGAUGACUACUAUAAAUACACCUACCCAUGUGCUCCUGGAGCCCAAUACUAUGGUCGUGGUGCUUUGCCACUCUACUGGAACUACAAUUAUGGAGCCACAGGAGAAGCCCUCAAGGUCGAUUUGUUGAACCAUCCCGAAUACAUUGAACAAAAUGCCACCCUCGCUUUCCAGGCUGCAAUGUGGAGGUGGAUGACACCGAUAAAGAAGGGACAACCUUCGUCUCACGAUGCCUUUGUUGGCAACUGGAAACCCACCAAAAACGACACCUUGGCCAAACGGCAUCCUGGUUUUGGCACCACAAUGAAUAUUUUGUAUGGCGACAAUGUUUGCGGUCAAGGUGAUGUCGACUCCAUGAACAACAUCGUAUCACAUUACCAGUAUUACCUUGACUUGAUGGGUGUCGGCCGAGAGGAGGCAGGACCCCAUGAAGUACUGACCUGUGCCGAACAGGCUCCUUUCAACCCGUCUGCUCCAAAAUCAUCGACAUCUUCUUGAAGUGUUACAGGGGCAUUCUGCAGUGUUAUGGCAAUCUUCAUAGAACACCAUGGAAUAAGGAGCAAUAUUUGCCAUGGAUUGUUUCCCCUGUGAUUUUGUGUUUAUCAGACAGAAUGACAAUCAUAAUAUGUUGAUUGCUUUUGUCUUAAUAUGCUGUCUCUUUUAUAGGUUUUUUGAAUCAAAAAUGUUUUAUAAUUUGUGUAUUUUGUAAGAGUGAGAUUUGCAAUAUUGUAUUGUACUUUUCAAUUUCCAUACCAUCAAAGAAUUAAAACUUCCAGUUA